ACAAAUAAUAUUUACAUGUAAACAAGCUGACAGGUCGAGAUUGGAGAUUUCGAGAAUCAUUAUGAAAAGUGAUGUGUGCGACUCAAGCAUCUUCGCAAGGAAAGUGUUUUUGAAAAUUUGCACUUGAAGACGAAGACUUGGACAGUUCAUUACAAUGAUGAAUCUGAACUUCUUUACUGGAUCUGACCUGACUCACUAGAUGACAUCUUAGAAUGGUCAUCAGAGUGUAUAAUAUAGGUGAUGGCCAGUCGGUGAGUCUGCAUCUCCCUCUUCUGAUAGGUGACAUCGACUGCACCACGUCGGAUGGAUUCAUUACAGUACACAACACCUCAGUCCCCAGCAGUCAACAAGUCAUAUGGCCAGUUGUUGAGGGAGCAUUCAAAGUGUUGGUUAAGUUAAAAGUUGGAGAAAAUGUAAUCCGUCUUGUUUAUGAGUCUCAGCUUUUGGUUUUAACCCUUACACGAUACAUUCCACAAAUCCCUGUCUUUGUUCGGCCGGUGUACAUCAUCUGUUGUGAUGAUGACGGGAGUUUUCAAGCUCCAGAUGGUGAAGACUGUUCUGUACAAAGUGCUGUAGAGAGAGUAACAUUAGCUACCAUGCUAGUCCAAACAUUUACAGCAGAAAAGUUGAAUGAACAUGGCUUUGGCCACAAAACAUUCCAGCUUGAAAUGGAUCAAGAUUACGAACCAUUUUGUCAUAUUUUUCGAAGUCAGCUGACUCUAGAACAAGCUCACUCAAUGACAGGCAAUGAGCUAUGGACUUAUUUUGCCAAGGAAUUAAUGAAGUCUAAUCUUACUCAAAAGGAUUUUUGCAAAUGGUUUUGUUUUAUGUCAUUCACUCGAUAUUUUCUACCAGAAGACAUAGAACCUCCUAGAUCCCAUGGUGAUGUCCUCAGUCACACGAAAGGCCAUGCUGCUCUUGGUGGAGGAGGGUUGGCUUUGUUUGGUACUGGUAACUUACACACCUGGGCUAAAAAUAUUGAUGAAAUUCAUCAAAGAUUCACAGAUAUUCGGAAAAUUGACAGGAAGAAAUUUAUGGAUGACAGUGCAUACAGGGAAUACCAUUGGGCCAACUAUGCAACUGGCUUAGGGGCAGCUUUACAUGAGCUGGGGCACACAUUUGAUCUUGCUCACACCCCAACUGGGGUUAUGGCUCGAGGCUUUGAUGACAUCAACAGAGUCUUCAUAGUCCAGAGGUAUAAGUCUAAACAGCAGUGGCAACGAGACAGGGACACUAGCGAGGACAGAAGUAUUGCCAGCAGCAUUGAGUCCUGCAAUGAGGCCACAUUAACAGGAGUGUAUACCCCCAAUGCUGUUCCGUGUCUAAAUCCAGUCCAAAAAUACAAUAAAUCUGCAAGUAAAUGCUAUGUAGCCCCACCACCAUUAGUUGUCAACUUGGAGUCAAAUUUCAAGCCCUCAGUACCUACCAGUUUGACAUUCAGUGCAAGAAAUUAUGAUGGUACAGAACGACACCAAACCGUGUCUGAGCAGAUAGGAUGUGAGGUUGUCACUGAUCUCUUAUUGGGAGUGGAUGGUCGUGUGCUGGCUAAAACACAGUCUAGGAGAGAGAAGAGCAGCUCUUGUUCAUCUAUAAGCUCUUCCUCCCCACCUCCAUCACCACUGUCCGCCACACCAUUGACUCUGCCCAAUUCUCCUGAAGGACCACCCACUCGACAGCCAUCAUUUACAGAUGGUGGUGCCCACUGGUAUAGGUCCUCAGCAGUUCUUCUCUAUUUCCACAGGUGGUUCAACAAAAGUAAUCCAGCAAACCAAGGAAAACCACCAGAAAUAACAGGGAACAUUGUGAAGUCCUGUAAUGGUCUACGACUGGUGGAGCUGCGAUCAGAUCCCCAAGAGGAAGUGUUCCAUUUCUGGGAGUUUAUACAGGACACACCCCCAAAUGUGUUUUAUCUGAAGAGAUCACAGAUCAGAAAUCUCCCACCUGGGGCUUCACUUAUUACAGUUUUUGUAGAGGAUACAUAUGGUAAUAUAGCUAAAACAAAAGUUAAUAUAGAAGACAUCUCUAAAUAGUUCUUUAUAAGUCUGUGUUUGAAAUAGAUUGUUGUUGGUGUUUAGUUUUAUGUCAUGUACAAAAAGAUGGUAUUUUCUUUGUUUUAUAUGGACUAGUGCUAUAAUUAUGAAGUACUAUUUGCUCCAUUAAGGUUGUUAAAAAGAAUAAGAGUAAAUUCUCUUUUUAUGUACACAUGUACCACUGCAUUUUCAUUUAAACAUAUUAUACUGUCUAUUUUUGUAACGAGAUCUCUAUAGGUUUUCAAGGUUUCAAGCAGGAUUCCAUUCUCUAACCUAAUGUUCCUAUCUUUCACAGACCCUUUUAAACAAUUUCUACUUUUCACACUUUGAUCUCAUUUACUUGUAUGUGCCUUUUUUAUUUGAUGUACGUAUAAGUAAGCAAUUCAAAUAUAAGAUAAGAAUGAUCACUUUAAUGAUGAGAAACAACCUCAUGAAUUGUGCAAUGAGAAAGGUGAUAUAUGCCCCCAUUUUCAGAUUUAUCUAGUUCACCUUUAAGAUUAAAAUUGGCAGAGUAAUAAGUUGUAUGAGAAAUGUUAAGACUUAAUGCAAAUAUUGACUGAAGGAUAUGAAUUUUUAAAAUUGCUAGUUUCUUUGGAUAUAAAAGACAAGUUCCUGUACGUGUACUUGACAUGAUCUUGAUUUAAAUUAGCUCUUCUUCUCUGUAUGGUAAUGGAUAAAUAGAGAAUUUCAUAUUUUAUCACAAGUAUAAAUUAGCACUCUUGCUUUACCUCCAAAGCAGCUAAAUUUUUUAUCCCGCUUAGAUAAGUAUAUGUAUGGUGGAAACUAUCAUUGUGGUGUACCACUACCUCAGUAGAUCUAUCCAUUUACAUACAGUAGUGGAUGACCGGGACUUGUGCAGCUACAACUCUUGUCAUUUUAAUGACUUCUCAUAGUACAUGUAUGUAUUUCUUUUAGCUUUAGACUUAGUUUGAAUUUAUUUUAGAGCUUCACUGUCUAGCAGUAGGAUCAGAUAUAGGGAGAUUGUCACCCUGUGAUAUUUUGGGCAUAUUUUGUCCAAACAUAUCACAUUCAAAUACUAUUUUAUCCUGAUAUACAUAUAAAUGAGAGUUUUAUAAUGGUCUGAUAUUAGUCCCAUUACAAAUUAACCCAAAGUGAAAAAGGGCAAAAGGACUAAAACAAAAAAUUAUAUUUCCCAGUGUACAGAAUUUAACAAUGCGGUUGUAAUGGUUGGGUGUUUUUGUGUUUUGAAUCUUUCUAGUGCCGCUAUUAUGGAAUAACGUUUCUAAGUUUUAAUCGGAUGUGAAGAUCCCUAAGGAGACUCAUUUCCAAAAUAAGAUGUGUACUUGUAGUGUAUGAAAGACAGGAUUUUAAAAAUGACCUUUGUACUGUAUUGUCAGGGGGAAAAGGAACUACCCUUGUAGUACAGAAUCACAGAAAUAUGUAGCAUUUUAAGUAUUACGAUAGUACAUGCACUUACUGCAUAAUUAUGUAAUACUAAAAUUAUUUUCAUAGACAAAUGAGUCAUAUUUGAUGCAGAUGUGUGCCAUAUAUAGUAUUUACUGGAAGGGGUGUCUUCCAAACACAAGUCUGAUCUUAAUCAAUUCCAUAUUGUUGUGCCAAAUGAAAAAGAAAACCAAUAAGAAGUUGUUUGUGUGUAUCUUUUAGGGGGAGGGGGGGGGGGGUUCAAGUAUUUUACAGUAAUUUUUAUGCCCCACCAUGAUUAUGGUUGAGGCAUAUAGUGUUUGUCAUGUCCAUCUUUUGUCCCUCUGUCCUUCCGUCACUCUUUGCAUUUAGCUCAGUUUCAAAGAAACUGAUCAAGAUAUUCAAACCUUAUAUGCUGAUAGAUAUUGGUGACAUCUAUUCAACUUCAUGACUAUUUUUGACCUUGACAUUUCCUUUGACUUUGACCUCGCUUUUCCCUAUUUGGUGUUUAGCUUAGUUUCAAAGCAACUAUUGACAAUAUUUUUAUGAAAAGUCUUACACUGAUACAGUAAUAUCAGUGGUAGCUAUUCAACUGUAGCAUUAUUUUUUGACCUUGACCUCACUAUUCCAUAAUUGGUGGUUAGCUAGUUUAAAAAUUUUUGCCCCUUUCUGAAUAUGGCCAGGGUUUUUCAUGUCCGUUUAUGAUAUCCAUGUACAUGUGCAUUUCAUGUGAGUAUAAUUUUUUUUGUUCCCCUCUUCCUUUUUAUAAGUAAUUUUGAAUAAUGAUCAUUAUUCUAUUGAUAGCUAGGCAACAUUUAACCAAUGCAAAAUUGCUAUUUAUCUUUAUAGUAAUUUUCUUAGAAUUUUAGUAAAUUUGAAUAAUAUUCAGAGUGAAAUGAAUUUAAUGGGUGAUAGUUUAAAAAUAAAAAUAAAUUUUAAAAAAGGUGACAUUUUUUUCAUUAAAACACUUCACUUUGCCAUAGAAAUAAUGCAUUAGAUUGAUAAGGGAGCGUGUUUGAAAGGUUUUCUGUUUUAUUCAUGUGUGAUAUGACAUGUAAACAACUGAUAUUUAAUCGUAUUAAAGCUUUUAGAGUAAAUAACAAUAGAAAAGAGUGUUUCAAAGGUUCUCUUUAUAUUUUAUACAUUUAUGAUACAAUUUAAACACAACUCAGAUUUAUACCAGUCUGUAUAGGCCU